UCACGAACGCUGCGCAUAUGGAUCCCUCCGGCGACGAUGGUGAUCAUCACUCCGACCCUGGCUCCUCGCAAGCCCCCAAGAGCGUUUACAAGGAUCCAGAUGAUGGGCGCCAGCGUUUUCUGCUCGAAUUGGAGUUCGUGCAGUGCUUGGCCAAUCCCAUGUACAUCCACUAUUUAGCGCAAAACCGCUAUUUCGAAGAUGAGGCUUUCAUUGGAUAUUUGAAAUACCUGCAAUACUGGCAGAAACCUGAGUAUGUCAAAUACAUAAUGUAUCCUCAUUGUCUUUUCUUUCUUGAGCUUCUCCAGAAUUCUAAUUUUCGGAAUGCCAUGGCACAUCCUGGCAACAAGGAGUUGGCUCAUAGGCAGCAAUAUUUCUUUUGGAAACACUAUAAGAACAAUAGAUUGAAGCACAUUCUACCGCGCCCUCUUCCAGAACCUGCACUUUCUGCUCCUGCUCCAGCUCCAGCUCCAGCGCCGGCUCUGGUUCCAGUUCCAGCUUCAGCUCCACCUCCUAUUCCAUCCCAGGCACAGAUGCCUUCAAUGGUUGCUGCUGCACCAGCAUCUUCCAUGCAAUUUCUCGGGCAACCAGGAUCUGCACUUCCAAAAGCUGACAUGAGAAAUAACAUGGGGGAUCGGAGGAAGAGAAAAUACUGAAUGUAUGUGAUGUUGCAAACCAAGAGAGGAGAUAGUCAUCUUACCUUGUUAGGUUGGCAAGGGACUGCAAAUCAUGAGCUACCCGGGCUCUUAUGAUUGAUUCCCGGGCUCUUAUGAUUGAUGAUUAUUUUGUCAAUGCGGUAAACAGAACAACCAACAGUUUAACUUGACUCCUUUUUUUAUCCUCUUUACUAGGGCAAUGGAUCCUAUUUGGGAGCUGCAUAGUAAGCUUCUGUGCUUUGUGCCAAGCCUGCUGAUGUGACUGUGACUGAAAUUCAUGCCUGAACACCAAGUAAAUUCUCUGCAGUUGGAACUCAUUUUUCUCUUGCUGAAGUUAACAAAUAUAAUACCAUAGCUUCUAAUACAUAUAAAGGUUCCUUCUUUUUGUGCACUAUUGUCAUGAAUGGUCAUCAUAUAUCUUCAGGAUCAUAUCUACAUUAUAUUCUUGACUUCAGUUGGAAACUAGGGUUUCUACAUAACACUUUCUUUCAGGAUCUGAUUAUGCUUGAAUAUCUAUAUUUGUUCCCUUUCAGCAUAUAAUUAAUAAUUGUUACUUAGGUUAUUAAUCAAACUGUCCUGGAUUCUAGAUAUUUGUGAUUAUGUUAAUGUAAUUCUUUACCUUAUAUUCUCAUAAGAAAUUUGAAUAUUUUGGAAUA